UUCAUUCGGCACCGUGUGCACAUUGUUGUGUUUCAUUGGUGGAUUGGAGACUUGGAAUCAACUUUCUGCUGCUGUGGCUUGAGAAAACUCAUCUUUGUUUACUUCAGUUAAAGUGUGCACGCUGCGCAUUUACCUGGCUCGGCAUGUCUCAGGACAGUCAACAUGGAAAAUGGACCAUCUCCAGCAGCGAUGAUGACGACGAUGACCUCCCUCCUUCUGGGACGUCAACAUCUAAGCCCUAUCCACCUCCUGCAUCCAAUAACAGUUCCCGCUGGUCUUCUAGUACUCCCAGCCCCAAACUGGAACCCGAGAGACCCUCUGUGGAUCUUAAACCACAGCCAGAUAACCCCCCUGUGUCCUCGCUUGUUAUUGGCUCUGAGGCCAGACAAUCAGCAGCAAUGAACCUGUCAAAUCCAGUGAAGUUUGAAAGCACUUCAUCAGUAGCUGUGAAGAGGAAUAAAGAGGUGUCAGAGGGGUCAGGCUGGGCUCUCUCUGACAGUGAUGAUGAUGAAGAUGUGAAGAAGAACAAUGUCAGUAACCCACCAAAGAAAGCUCCUCCUAGCCCAAAAAAGAAAAAAGUAAAGGUAGCGAAUGAGCGCCCGCCGAGUCCUCAUGGCCGGGUUUACUACAUCGAUGAACCAGAGGACUUCUUUGAAUCCAGUCCUCCUUGUUUAAAUGACCCAUACAGGUUUUACCUCAACAAAGUGACAGGGCUGGACAAGAAGUACAACACUGGAGCUCUACACAUCAGAGACAUCCUCUCUCCAUUGUUUGGGACCCUGAAAGAGUCAGUACAGUUCAACUACUGCUUUGAUAUUGCCUGGAUGGUAAAGCAGUACCCACCAGAGUUUAGGGAUCGUCCAGUUUUGAUAGUCCAUGGAGACAAGAGGGAGGCCAAAGCUCGGCUUGUCCAGCAGGCUCAGCCUUUUCCACAUGUUCGAUUCUGCCAGGCCAAGCUGGACAUUGCUUUUGGGACUCACCACACAAAGAUGAUGUUGCUGUGGUACGAAGAAGGCUUCAGGGUCAUCAUUUUGACCUCCAACCUUAUCAGAGCCGACUGGUACCAGAAAACACAAGGGAUGUGGAUGAGCCCAUUGUUUCCUCGGUUACCAAAGGGCAGCAGUGAGAGUGCAGGUGAGUCGCCAACCUUCUUUAAGAGGGACCUGCUGGAGUAUCUGGCAUCAUACAGAGCACCUGAACUGGAGGAGUGGAUACAACGUAUCAAAGAGCACGACCUGUCAGAAACCAGAGUUUAUUUGGUCGGCUCGACUCCAGGGAGGUAUGUGGGUUCAGACAUGGAUCGCUGGGGUCACCUGAGGCUGAGGAAGCUACUGUAUGACCACACAGAUCCUGUCCCCGGCGAGGAGAGGUGGCCUGUGAUUGGUCAGUUCUCCAGUAUUGGCUCCAUGGGGCUGGAUAAGACCAAAUGGUUGGCAGGGGAGUUUCAGCGCACCAUGACCAUGCUGGGGAAGUCAUCUCUUCGCCCAGACCCCCCUAUACACCUGGUGUAUCCAUCAGUUGAAGAUGUGAGGACAAGUUUAGAGGGCUAUCCAGCGGGAGGCUCUCUGCCCUACAGCAUCCAAACGGCUCAGAAACAACUCUGGCUCCACUCUUACUUCCACCGUUGGAAGGCGAAUACAACAGGAAGGAGUCACGCCAUGCCACACAUCAAGACGUACAUGAGGGCAUCUCCAGAUUUCUCUCAGCUCGCCUGGUUCCUUGUCACAAGUGCCAACCUGUCCAAAGCAGCGUGGGGUGCACUAGAGAAGAACAACACCCAGGUGAUGGUUCGAUCAUAUGAGCUGGGAGUCCUCUUCAUACCCUCUGCCUUCAACAUGAAGACUUUCCCUGUUCACAGAAACCCAUUUCCUGUUUCUUCCUCCUCCUCUUCUUCUGGUUUUCCAGUGCCUUUUGACCUGCCACCUUCAUGCUACUCUCCUAAAGAUCAGCCAUGGAUAUGGAACAUACCAUACAGCCAGGCUCCCGACACGCACGGCAAUAUCUGGGUUCCCUCCUGAACUCAAACAAACACAAACCACCCUGUAUACUACUUUAAAACUUUUGUUUCUGUACUGUCAUUUCUGUCUAGGUGUUAGCUGUUUGUAAUUAGAUUUUUAUAUUUUAUACUGUUCUGUAAGCUCAUGUUCACUACUAAUAAAUAGACAUAAUAUGUUA